ACCGAGGACACUGAGACAGACCGAGGACACUGAGUGACGCAGGCUGCCGGUGGAUGUGAGUCUGUCUCCGGGCUCAGGUGGAUCUGUGGCGGGUCUCGGUGUGGAUGGGAUUACACCGGUUGUUCCGUGUGUCCUGUCGGUGCUGCGGCUGGAGGAGGAACUAUGCGGCAGCGGAGCUCCCCGGUGCUGUCCCCGGUGCUGUCCCCGGUGCUGUCCCCGGUCCUGUCCCCGGUCCUCCCGGUGCUCCCGGUGCGGCUCCUGCUGCUGCCGCUGCUGCUCGUCGGGCUCUGCAGCGGCACAAGUUUCCCAAGUAACAUCCACAUAGGAGGCCUUUUCCCCCCCGGCUCCCAUGAGUACGAGGUGUUUCGCUUCGCGCUGGCUCAGCAUCAGGACGUCCCCAAGCUGGUGCCUCAGGUGGACAUGGUGGACACGGGGAGCAGCUUCGCUAUGACCUACGCCUUCUGCUCCCAGUUCUCCAAGGGCGUGUACGCCAUCAUGGGUCUGUACGACCGGAAGACGGUCAACAUGCUGAUGUCGUUCUGCGGCUCCCUGCACGUCUGCUUCGUCACGCCCUCUUUCCCAGUUCAGACCAACAACCAGUUCGUCCUGCAGCUGCGUCCUCAGCUGCAGGAACCUCUCAUGGCUCUGCUGGAGCAGCUGGACUGGAGCAGGUUCGUCUACAUGUACAGCUCCGACUCAGGUCUGUCGGUGCUGCAGACGAUCCUGGACACGGCGGCAGAGCGGACCUGGCAGGUGACCUCCGUCAACCUGGACACGCUGACCGAGUCCGGCUUCAUCAAGCUGCUCACCGACCUGGAGCUGAAGAAGGACUUCAAGGUCAUCGUGAACUGUGAGCUGCUGAGGCUCAACUCCAUCCUGCAGCUGAUUUCUGCUCAGAAGAGAAACUUGAAGGACUACCACUUCAUCCUGGCCAAUCUGGGCUUCAUGGACCUGAACGUCACAGAGUUCCAGAAGCUGGGGGCCAACGUGACGGGCUUCCAGCUGAUGAACUGGUCCGAUCCGGCCGUGGAGAAGAUCAACCAGGACUGGCUGAACUUCGACACCAAGGACCUGAAAGUGGCCCGCCGGCCCCUCAGGUACACCGGAGCUCUGACCUACGACGGUGUGAGCGCCAUGGCGACGGCGUUCCAGAACCUGCGCCGGCAGCGGAUCGACAUCUCUCGCCGCGGCAACGCGGGGGAGUGUCUGGCCAACCCCCCCGCCCCCUGGGGACAGGGCAUCGACAUCCAGAGGGCCCUGCAACAGGUGCGUCUCGAAGGUCUGACGGGUCAGGUUCAGUUCGACGAGCAGGGACAUCGGACCAACUACACCGUGACUAUGAUGGAGCUCGGCAGCAAAGGAGCCACGAAGAUUGGCUACUGGAACGAGAGGAGGGGCUACGUGAACACCGCCAUCUACAGGCCGGCGCCGGAGGAGGCCUACGGGCUGCAGAACAGAACCUACAUCGUCACCACCAUCCUGGAAGCUCCCUACAUGAUGCUGAAGAAGAACCACGAGCAGCUGGUAGGAAACGACAAGUUCGAGGGUUACUGUGCCGAGCUCGCCUCGGAGAUCGCCAAACACGUGGGCUUCACCUACCGCCUCCAGCUGGUGGGGGACGGCAAGUACGGCGCCAGAGACGGGAUCACGAAGAUGUGGAACGGCAUGGUGGGAGAACUGGUGUACGGGAAGGCCGACGUGGCCGUGGCUCCGCUCACCAUCACUCUGGUGCGAGAGCAGGUGAUCGACUUCACCAAGCCCUUCAUGUCCCUGGGAAUCUCCAUCAUGAUCAAGAAGCCCACCAAGUCCAAACCAGGCGUGUUCUCCUUCCUGGACCCGCUGGCCUACGAGAUCUGGAUGUGCAUCGUGUUCGCCUACAUCGGCGUCAGCGUGGUGCUCUUCCUGGUGAGUCGGUUCAGUCCUUACGAAUGGAAGGGGGAGGACUCUGAUGACGAAGAUGAGACCGUCCCCUCCUCUUCGUCUCACCGAGCUCAGCCCACCUCCUCUGAACUCGCUCACUCUCCAGGUUACUCUCAGAACCAGAACCAGAACCAGAACCAGCAGAAAGAGAAGGAGUCGCCUGAAUACACCAACGACUUCGGGAUCUUCAACUCCCUGUGGUUCUCUCUCGGGGCCUUCAUGCAGCAGGGCUGCGACAUCUCUCCCAGGUCUCUCUCCGGCCGGAUCGUUGGAGGCGUCUGGUGGUUCUUCACCCUCAUCAUCAUCUCCUCUUACACGGCCAACCUGGCAGCCUUCCUCACCGUGGAGAGGAUGGUCUCCCCCAUCGAGGGCUCAGAGGACCUGGCCAAGCAGACUGAGAUCUCCUAUGGGACCCUGGAUGGAGGCUCCACCAAAGAGUUCUUUAUGAGGUCCAAGAUCGCAGUGUUUGAGAAGAUGUGGUCCUACAUGCGGAGCACGGACCCCUCAGUGUUCGUCAGGAACACGGACGAAGGUGUGAUGCGGGUCCGGAAGUCGAAGGGGAAGUACGCCUACCUGCUGGAGUCCUCCAUGAACGAGUACAUCGAGCAGAGGAAGCCCUGCGACACCAUGAAGGUCGGAGGCAACCUGGACUCCAAAGGCUACGGGGUGGCCACGCCCAAAGGAUCCGCCCUCAGAAACCCUGUUAACUUGGCAGUGUUAAAACUGAACGAGCAGGGCCUGUUGGACAAAUUGAAAAACAGAUGGUGGUAUGACAAGGGAGAGUGCGGCACCGGGGGAGGGGACUCCAAGGACAAGACGAGCGCGCUCAGUCUGAGCAACGUGGCCGGAGUGUUUUAUAUUCUGAUUGGCGGCUUGGGGCUCGCCAUGCUCGUGGCCCUGGUCGAGUUCUGCUACAAGUCCCGGCUCGAGUCCAGGAGGAUGAAGGAGCUCAUCGACGCCGCCAUGAUGAGCACCAGACUCGGUGGGAUGGCAGGAGGAGGAGGAGGAGGAGGAGGAGGCGGGUCGGCUGUGGGCGGUUUUGGAGGAGGAGCUUCAGGACUCGGAGGCGAGAACGGCCGCGUGAUGGCGCACGACUUCCCAAAAGCUGGAGCUCAAGGUUUACCCUGCAUGAGCAAAGCUGCCGGCAUGGGACUGUCCAGCGGCAUGUGACCAAAACCCUGACUCCUGAUUGGACGGAAUGCUCCUGUCUGUCUGUCGGUGACGAGAGAGGGAAGGAGACGAGGGGAAGGAAAGAAGAGAAGAACAGAUGAGAGUGGGAGGUAAAAAUAAGAAGAGGAGAAGGAAUGAAAGGCGAGAGAAGAAGAAAGGACGAGACUGGAGCGUGAGGGAGAAGAAGAAAAAGAUGGAGGUUGUAGGGAGGUAAAGAACAUACAUGAGGAGAAGGAAGAGACAGAAAGAUGAGGGAAGAGGAGGGGGGAAAGGGUUAAGAUUCAGGAAAAGAAAAAUGGUGAAGAAAGUAAAGAAAUGAGGAGAGACAGAUGAACAGAUGAACAAAGAAAAGAGAUUGGUGGUGAUGAGAGGAAAAGGUGGAGGGAGUAUGAAGAAGGGAUGAUGGAGGCAGCAGAAGUUAAAGAAGGGAGAGGAUGGAGGGAGGAAGAGGAGAGGAACAGUGAUGAGAUUUGAGGAAAGAUAGAAUUAGAAAGGAAAAAGAUGGAGAGGAAGAGAAGAAUUUGUGGGGAAAGAAAGAAGAAGAAGAAGAAGAAGAAGAAGAAGAAGACGACAUGUGACGGACGACAGGAGGAGGAAACGGACUCUGCUCCUGCAAGACGAGCGACUGGGCUUCACAACCAGAGGCUCCACUUUUUCUAUAAGCUCCUCCUCUUCUGCAAUAAGAGAAACUGAGGAGGGAAACUUCUUAAAGACUCGACUGACGACUUCCUCUUCCUCCUUUUCUUAUUCUACCCGUCACUCCUCCUCCUCCUCGUUCAGUCACAUUCACACAAAAGAGAUUUGAGCAUGUUUUCAUCCUUUAGACUUUGAAACACAGACGAACACGCGUGUGCUGAUGAACAUGAGGGUGAAGUGGAGAAGAUGUAUUUGUCACAUGUUUUAUUUUUUCCUGAAAUUCUACUAAAACUUUAUUAAGUGGCGAAUAAACACUGAUGUGAUGUUGAGGUUAAAGGUCAGAGUCUGAAGUUCAAAUGUUUAGUUUCGAUCAACACUUUUUGUAACAGCUACUGAUGAACAGCGCCCCCUGCAGCCUCACACCAUGAACUCUGCUGGUCUCUGUGUCCCAGUGAAGAAGUGGUUUCAUGUUCUGACUCACUGCACUGAAAUAUUACCCAUGAUCCUCUGCUUCCUGACCCUGAAGAGCUGCUGCUGUAACAAAUCCACCAAACGAAUUCUUCAUGUUUCACAGUUUCCUGCUGAAUAUCGGAGAUAAAUUCUGGUUUUUAAAAACUUCAGAGUGUUUUUCACUGAUCUCAGUUCAGCUUCAGCUAAUUCAAAGUAAUAAAAGUUACAUAUUGUUGAUUUAAAAACGAUCAAAUUAAAUUCUCCACUUCAGAUGAACGUGCACAUUUCUGUCAGUUUGGUUUAAAAUGAUU